AUUAUUUAUUUAAUAAUAAUUACUUAUUUGCCAUUUCCGUUUCAUCAUUUUUCUUCCAAUCUGUAGAUUCUAUUCAUCAUCAUUUCACCAAAUUUGUUCCCUUAUUUCCACACACACACACACACACACACUAAAAAAACACAUUCAAAAAUCAAAAAUCAAAAAUCAAAAAUCAAAAAUCAAAAUCCCUGAUAGCGUCAAACAAUUUUCAAAAGAAUUCCCCGAAAGAAUCUGGAUUCUGGUUACUGCUCCUCAUACAGUCGUUUCCCUGAAAUCGUUUAGACCAGAAAUAUCCGAUUAAACAACAAACCCUCAUUCGUUCUACAAUUUGACGAUCUCACACUUCAUUUUCUCUCUCUCUUUUUGUUUUAAUUGCAAUUAGGGAAUUUGGUGGUGUUAGCCGAUUUUGGUUCGCAUUGCGGCGAUUUUUUUCUGAAACUAUUCGGAAGCGGGUUUCAGUUAGGGUUUUGUUUCGGAUUACUUGAUCAGCUGUUUCCUCUGUUUUUAGGUAGGUUUGGGGUUUGCAUUUUCUAGUUAAAUGUUUUCGGGAAUAAUAGAAAGUUCGGUAUUGGGGGUUUGAAUGAUUUGUGUUCAAUGCUAUUGAUUGGAUUUUUUUAGAAAAGUAGACGCCAUUUUUCUCACUUUUUUCCUCAUUAGACUUUGAUAUAGAUGCAUACAACUCCAUUACAUUUUGGGAAACAGCGUGGCCUUUUUUUGCUGUAAAACUACUUUUUCUUGGGGUUUUGGAGUUUGGGAAGAAUUUGAGUUUUUUGUAGUUUAGAAAAGAUAGUUGUGUAUGGGAAAAGAUGAGGGAUGGGCUGAGCCAGGUGGGCAAUUGCCUAACGGGCUUUUGCCUGGGGCAAGCCCUAUGAUGCGGGCUCUUGAUACAGACCGAUGGAUGAAAGCAGAGGAGCGGACUGCAGAGCUCAUUGCCUGCAUUCAGCCCAACCAGCUGUCCGAAGUGCGCAGGAAUGCUGUUGCAGAUUAUGUUCAGCGGCUCAUUAUGAAAUGCUUUCCAUGCCAGGUCUGUACCUUCGGUUCUGUUCCCUUGAAGACUUAUCUACCUGAUGGAGACAUUGAUCUGACUGCUUUCAGUCACGGUCAGAAUCUAAAAGAGACAUGGGCGAAUCAGGUUCGAGAUAUGCUAGAGAAUGAGGAGAAGAAUGAAGAUGCUGAGUUCCAUGUGAAGGAGGUUCAGUAUAUCCAGGCAGAAGUGAAGAUAAUUAAAUGUCUUGUGGAAAAUAUUGUGGUGGACAUAUCUUUUAAUCAAGUUGGUGGGUUGUGUACACUCUGCUUCCUUGAUGAGGUUGAUAUUAUGAUAAAUCAGAAUCAUCUGUUCAAGCGCAGUGUUAUAUUGAUUAAAGCAUGGUGCUAUUAUGAAAGCCGCAUAUUGGGUGCUCAUCAUGGACUCAUUUCUACUUAUGCGUUGGAGACUUUAGUUCUUUACAUCUUUCACCUGUUUAACAAUUCCUUCCAUGGACCCCUUGAGGUCCUAUAUCGUUUCCUGGAGUUCUUCAGCAAUUUUGACUGGGACAAUUUUUGUGUUAGUUUGUGGGGACCUGUCCCCAUUAGUUCCUUACCUGAUGUAACUGCUGAACCUCCCUGGAAGGACAGUGGAGAACUGCUACUAAGCAAGUUGUUUCUUGAUGCUUGUAGUACUACAUAUGCUGUUUUUCCUGGUAGCCAGGAAAAUAACGGACAGCCAUUUGUUUCUAAACAUUUUAACGUAAUUGAUCCUUUACGGGUGAACAACAACCUCGGACGUAGUGUUAAUAAAGGUAAUUUUUUUAGAAUACGAAGUGCAUUUGCUUUUGGAGCUAAAAGGCUGGCAAGAUUGUUGGACUGCCCAAAAGAAAACCUAAUUUUUGAAGUUAAUCAGUUCUUUAUGAAUACAUGGGAGAGGCAUGGAAGUGGUCAUCGGCCUGAUGCACCAGCCGUUGAUUCAUGGCACUUGAGAUUAUCUACUUCUGAUAGGCCUCAUGAAUAUGAGAAUUCGAAUACUAAUAACAUUGGUAAAAAUGAGAAAGAAAACUCUCGUACUUAUGAGAUAAAGAGUGAGAGUAUUCUUGCACGUGGUGUUUCUUAUCAAGAUAGUCCAAAUUCAUCUCGUAUGAUGCCAAUAACAAAUGAAUUGCCGGCACCUUCUCGUACGCAUGGUUUAAAAAGUCAAUAUUAUUUGAACAGCUUGCGUACCGCUGAUCAAAUUGGAAGAGAUGCCGUCGCUGAUCAGGUUGUACUUAACAAUAGGAUUCCGAGAGAUCUGAAAGCAGAACAUUUGGCGAAUGACAUGCAGGGAAGGUUUCUUUUUGCCCGAACACGCUCCAGUCCUGAAUUGACUGAUAACUAUAGUAAUGCCUCAACUCAAGUACAACAGAACAGACAGGCAGAAACUGCUGAUGCUCUUGAUAGUUAUUCUAGGUUGGAUUCUAGUAGGAGGAAGAAUCUUGGAUCAGAAAGCUUGGCAAGCCACAGCAGUCGUUCUUCAGUUGAAGAUGCAUCCUUGAGGCAUGUUCCAUCUCAACAAAGCCCUGAUGCUGAUAGCAUUUCAAACAACUCUCAUAGAAAUUUGGGCUUAGAUGCCGUGAGCGAAGAGUUCUCAACUUCCUCCGGAGCACAUAUGAUGCACCAGGAAGAACAAGAUAUUGUGAACAUGAUGUCAUCUGCUUCACUCCAAGGGUUCAAUGGCCAAGUUCAUGUCCCAUUCAACCUAACACAAGGUCAUAUACCUUACUCUAUCCCGCCAUCCAUUCUGGCUUCUAUGGGAUACACUCAAAGAAAUUUACCAGGAUUUGUUCCUACAAAUAUGCCUUUGGUAGAUCCAUCAUUUUCACAUUUGCAAUUUCCUCAUGGUUUGGUAUCACCUCAGCUGUCUCAUUAUUUCCCCGGCAUUGGGCUAAAUCCGCCUGAAAAGUCAGUUGAACAAAGUAGUGAAAAUGUUGGUCCUGUGGAGAUGAACUCCAGAGAAGCCGAUAAUGACUUCUGGCAGGAGCAAGAUGCCAGCUCCAGUGGGGGGCAUGACCCUGAAAAUGGAAAUCAUGACACUCUCCAGUCUGAUGAUAAACCACCAGCACCAUCGUAUUCUGGUUUAAAGUAUAUUCCUCCGCCAUAUCGAGUAAAUGGCUCUGGCAGUGCUACGAGAGUUCAGCAGAAGCAGAUGAGGGAAAAACGUGGAGCACUGCGGGAAAAUAAUGAUACAAGAAGUAGUGAGGUUUAUGCGGAAGAAAAGUCAGCCAGUUCAAGGUUUUCAUCAUCUGCUCAUAGUAAUUCUUUGAGAAGUAGAACUUCUUCAGAGGGCUCCUGGGAUGGGUCAUCAGUGAAGACACCUAAAUAUAAGAAAGAAAAAAGGGGAAGGAAAGUACUUUCUACAGAUCCAAACGGUAGCCAAGGAAAAGGCAAAAUCAUAUCUGAGAAUGUUUCUAAUGACAUGGACAACCAUGGCCAGGAAUGGAGUUCAUCAUUACAUGUGGGAACCGAAAUGGUUGAAAGGAACCCUGGAUCUGAGCCGGUUGGGCAGCAUAUGCCUGGUCUUGAAGCUGCUCAGACUAGCGGAUCAGACUCAACGAUGCCCUUUGCUCCAAUACUCAUAGGUCCUGGCUCGAGGCAGAGACCAAAUGAUAACUCUGCUAUCGUUGCAUUCUUCCCUACAGGGCCACCAAUCCCUUUUUUAACAAUGCUUCCGUUUUAUAAUAUGCCACCUGAAAGUGGUGCUUCUGAAGCAUCAGGUGACGAGACCUUGGGUGGUGAGUCUGGCAUGAAUUUUAAUCCCAACGGAUUUGAAAAGUCAGAGGACUUAAAUUCCUCGGGUUUCUUAAGAGAGACAUCUACGAUUGAGACAUGCGAAGACCAAAAGUCUGAUAUUCUUAAUAGUGACAUUGACAGCCAUCGGCAAAACUUGCAAUUUGGAAGAUUCUGUCAAAACCCACAGCAACAAGGGCCUCUAGCCUAUCCGUCACCUAUAAUGGUUCCACCUGGUUAUGUACAGGGUAGACUUCCAUACGACAACCCUGGUAGACCACUUUCAACCAAUGGAAACCUCUUCUCUCAACUUGUGACUAAUUAUGGCCAACGCCUGGUUCCUGUUGCUUCUCCCCUUCAGUCAGUUUCGAGUAGGCAUCCCAAUAUGUAUCAAAGCUACAUUGAUGAUAUGCCAAGAUAUCGUAGCGGGACUGGAACUUACCUGCCUAAUCCCAAGGUCUCUGUAAGGGAGCGCCACUCGUCUGGUAACAGAAGGGGAAACUACAACUACGACAGAAGCGAUAGCUUUAGUGACAGAGAUGGAAACUGGAAUGCUAAUCCAAAACCACGAGGUGCUGCACGCGGUCACGCCCGUGGCCAAAGUGAUAAAUCUAACUCAAGAUCAGAUAGGUUUACCCAUAGUGAAGGUCGAGCUGACCAUUCAUGGAACUCAUACAGUCAUAACUCGAUCCCUUCGUAUCAGUUGCAGAAUGGUCAACUGCGCUCAAAUUUCAACCAAAAUGGUCUUCAAAAUGUAGCUUACACCAUGUAUCCUAUGGCGCCCAUGAAUCAAAAUGGAGUUUCUAAUGGACCUGUCCCACCAGUUAUGAUGCUGUAUCCAUUUGAUCACAAUGCCACCUAUAGUGAACAACUCGAGUUUGGUUCUUUGGGUCCCGCAGGCAUCCAAGGUAUAAACGAGCAGUCGCAGCUAAAUGACCGUAGAAUUCAUGGAAGCUCUGGGCACCGUUCUUCACCAGAUCAACCAUCUUCCCCUCAUCAUCAGAGGAGGGUCUGAUAAUCUUUCAAAAGCGCUUCUGAUAAUCUUGCAAAAGCUCUGGGUGGUCGCAAGGAAAAUUCAGUUGAAGGACGAGGGUGAUCCACUUUCAAGAAUUCGGUGCCAAUAGAGCUGAGGCUCGUACCUCGUCUAACAGACCUGAGGCUCGUACCUCGUCUAACAGAGCUGGGCUUGUACCUCGUCUUAAUAGAUUUGGACAAGAAUAUGGUCAUUGAGCAAUGUUCGAGUAUGUAGAAUAGAUAUAGCCUACCAACAUUUACAUUUUUUGCAAUUUAUCAAAUAUUGCUAAAUAUUGCUAUCUAGAAGUAGAGUUUUUAGUUAAAUUAUUAGGAUAUUUCAUUAUAAUUAGGUUUUGGGUUAUAAAAUAUCUUUGUAUUAUUCGAUCUUCCUCAGGAUGUUAUAACAUUUAAUAUCAAUAUGAAUGUCGAAGAUCAAA